AAAAAAAAAAAAAUAAUAAAUAGGCUACAGGCUUUUCCUGAGUUUUUUUAACUUCGUCCCAUUCUCUAUCUCUCUCUCUCUCUCUCAAAUCGAUCCUGUCUCUGCCAACCUAGGGCAGAAGUUGAAGCCGGCUCUGCCAACCUAGAGCAGAAAUCAACGCGGCCUCCAACCACCAGCUUCUUCUCUCAUCCGUCAGCAGUACCCCCGCGACUUCCCUCUUUUCCUUAGUCUCUCCAUCUCAACCUCCAGAUCUAGGAAAUGUACAAUAAUGUGGGAGCCCAGCCUGGAGUGCCAAUACCGCCUGCAACUUCGCAGCCAAAUCCGUUUGGAAAUACGUUUUACGGUGCCGGUUCAGGACUUAUCCGUGGUGGAUUGGGCGCGUAUGGAGAGAAAAUUUUAGGAUCAAGUUCUGAGUAUGUACAAAGCAAUAUCAGUAGGUAUUUCUCUGAUCCUCAAUACUACUUCCAAGUGAAUGACCAGUAUGUCCGGAACAAGUUGAAGGUUGUUCUAUUUCCAUUUCUUCACAGGGGCCACUGGACAAGAAUAACUGAACCAGUAGGAGGCAGGCUGUCUUAUAAACCCCCAAUCUAUGACAUCAAUGCACCAGACCUGUACAUUCCAUUUAUGGCAUUUGGUACCUAUGUGGUACUGGCUGGCUUCUCAUUGGGUCUUCAAGGAAAGUUUAGUCCUGAAGCUCUAAACUGGUUGUUUAUCAAGGGAUUGCUUGGCUGGUUUAUGCAAGUUGCACUACUGAAAGUAACAUUGCUUUCCUUGGGUGGUGGUGAGGCACCAUUGCUGGACAUGGUGGCAUAUGCUGGCUAUGCUUUCACAGGGUUGUGCUUGGCCGUACUUGGACGGAUUGUGUUGAGUUACUCAUACUAUUUUUUGAUGCCUUGGACCUGUUUAUGCAUGGGAGUUUUCUUGGUGAAGACUAUGAAAAGAGUCCUUUUUGCAGAGGUGAGGAGUUAUGAUUCAAGCAAGCAUCAUUAUCUUUUGCUCUUUAUCGCUUUGGCGCAGUUCCCUCUUUUUACAUGGCUUGGCAACGUUAGUGUUAAUUGGCUUAUAUAAGACAGCUAAUUUUAUAUGGGGUAGAACCAAUUCUUGUUUAUAGCAGUUUCUGAAAUCUUGUAUACAAUUUUCUUUGUAUUCAAUUUGGUCCACCACGUUUGCUCCUGCAUUAAAGUAGUUUUACUUGGAAAUUCGUCACUGAA